GGGGCCGCGGGACGGGCGCGAGCCGCCCCCCCCGGCGAGGUCCGAGCCGCUCCGAAACUCCGGCGGGGAGUCGGCCACAGGAAGUUUAUUCUCAGCUCCCUCUCGGAAAGGAGGAAAUAGAAGUUUCUCCAAGCGGGCAGCCUUUCUUUUCGCCUUUUUUUCUUUUUUUGCCGGGUCCGCGGUCGCGGGCCCCAGGCGCGGCAGGCGGGACUCGCCGGACUCCUUUUCCUUUUUAAUUUCCAAUUUUUGGCCGGGCCGGCGGUCCCGGCUGGGCUCCGGCUGCGCGCGGGGGCGGGAGGGCGCGCGCAGGGGAGGGACCGAGGGACGCGCCGAGUUUUUAGAGGGAGGGACCGGGUGGACAACUGGUCCCGCCGCGCGCCCGGAGCAGGGGAGAAGCGCAGCGCUGGGCGCUCGGGGGCACCGUUGCCCGCGUCGCCGCCUCCCGCCCCGCGCCCGCCGCGCCAGGGGAGAAGCCGCGGAGCGAAGACCCGAGCCCCGGGCGCGCCGGGCGGAGCGAGCGCGCAGCAGCCGGUGCUCGGCCGCGGCGAGGGCGGGGGCAGACAGACACCCUGUUUCCUCUCGGGCCCCCACCGCGGAUCAUGUACCAGGAUUAUCCCGGGAACUUUGACACCUCGUCCCGGGGCAGCAGCGGCUCUCCUGCGCACGCCGAGUCCUACUCCAGCGGCGGCGGCGGCCAGCAGAAAUUCCGGGUAGAUAUGCCUGGCUCGGGCAGCGCCUUCAUUCCCACCAUCAACGCCAUCACGACUAGCCAGGACCUACAGUGGAUGGUGCAGCCCACAGUGAUCACCUCCAUGUCCAACCCGUACCCCCGCUCGCACCCCUACAGCCCUUUGCCAGGCCUGGGGUCUGUCCCUGGGCACAUGGCCCUCCCGAGACCGGGCGUGAUCAAGACCAUCGGCACCACCGUUGGCCGCAGGAGGCGAGAUGAGCAGCUAUCUCCUGAAGAGGAGGAGAAGCGUCGAAUCCGGCGGGAGAGGAACAAGCUGGCUGCAGCAAAGUGCCGGAACCGACGGAGGGAGCUGACAGAGAAGCUGCAGGCGGAGACGGAGGAACUAGAGGAGGAGAAGUCAGGUUUGCAGAAGGAGAUUGCAGAGCUGCAGAAGGAGAAGGAGAAGCUGGAGUUCAUGUUGGUGGCCCACGGGCCAGUGUGCAAGAUCAGUCCAGAGGAGCGCCGAUCGCCCCCGGCCCCAGGGCUGCAGCCCCUGCGCAGCGGGGGCGGUGGAGUGGGUGCCGUGGUGGUGAAACAGGAGCCCCCCGAAGAGGACAGCCCCUCGUCCUCAUCAGCAGGGCUGGACAAGGCCCAGCGCUCGGUCAUCAAGCCCAUCAACAUCGCUGGGGGCUUCUACGGAGGGGAGGAGCCUCUGCACACCCCCAUCGUGGUGACCUCCACACCUGCCAUCACUCCGGGCACCUCGAACCUCGUCUUCACCUACCCCAGCGUCCUGGAACAGGAGUCACCCGCGUCGCCCUCGGAGUCCUGCUCCAAGGCGCACCGCAGAAGCAGUAGCAGUGGGGACCAGUCAUCAGACUCCUUGAACUCCCCUACUCUGCUGGCUCUGUAACCCAGCUCCCGGGGGGUCCUCGUCACUGCCUCCUUCCCAGGGACCAGCACCUUCAAGAGCUCCAGGGCCGUGAGGGCAAGAGGGGGACCCUGCCUGAGAUCUUCUGGCUCUGGGGAGACCCGGGGGACUUGGCGGUGAGGAGUUGGAGGACUCGGAUGAUCUCUUGGAAGUCCAGGAGCUCUUCCCUCAUUCAUCUUGCAAAGCAAAUCCUGUUUCUUGAAAAGCCUUGGAGAACUUGGUUUGGCGGACUCAGGCAUCUCUCUGGCUUCGGAAGAGCCUGAAGCUGGCGCGAACCGCUCCUGUCCCUUUGUUACGCUGUGUCUCUGGAGUGAUGGUGUCCCUUCCCGCCCCACCAAGCAUGCUCAGUGCCUUUUGGUUUCACCUUCCCUCUCUUUGCCCCUUCCUUCCCCAAGUGUCAAUUUCACUUCCUCUUGGUUUUUAUCAAAUUUGCCAUGACAUUUCAUCCUGGUGGUCUGAAUAUUAAAGCUCUUCAUUUCUGGA